AUGGCAACUGAACUUUUUUCAAACCUGACGUCAACAACCCCAAUGCGGCCUAAUACGAGCAAUACCACAGAUUCUGCAGACGAUAGCGUUCCAUUACUAUUAGGAGAGCGUAAAUGGUUUAUCAUCUUCAAAUAUUCUAUAUAUUGCAUUAUAUUUUUGAUUAGUCUGAUUGGAAACAUGAUGGUUUGUUUCGUUGUUUGUCGAAGAAUGAAAGUAAAAACUGUCACAAAUUAUUUCAUAAUGAAUUUAGCAGCAAGUGAUUUACUCUACACAUUUUGUGUUCCAUUUGAUGUGUUUGCUACGGUGAAUAAUGCUUGGCCUUAUGGAGCCAUCGUGUGUCGAAUACUUUGGCCUGCACAGACUAUGGCGAUCACUGUCUCUGGAUUUACAUUAACUGCAUUGAGUGCGACUAGAUUUUGGGCUGUUGUAAAACCGUUACGAAGACAACUAUCUGUAAAACAAACUAGUUUGGUCAUUGCAAUAUUAUGGAUAUUGGCGACGAGUACAGUAAUUCCUUACAUUCACUUCUUAAACUACAAAAGUUCUGAACAAAAAUGUGACGAGUACUGGCCAUCUCACAAAAAAAGACAAAUCUACACUGCUUCUUUGCUAGUAAUUCAAUAUGCCCUACCAUUGACCAUUAUCUCAACAUGUUAUCUCAGAAUUGGGUUUGAACUAACAAAAGGGCAAACAAAAACAAGUAAUCGGACUUUAGCAAAAGCACGUGGAAAAGAAGCAAGGAGGGUUAUUAAAAUGUUGGUCAUUGUGACACUCGUAUUCGCCAUUUUGACACUACCUUCUACUAUCAUGUGGAUGUGGUUAGACUUUGGUCAAGCUGAUCAGAAGUUUCGACAUUUUUGGGAUGUUGUUGAAGUUUUAAACGUUUUUGAUUUUCUUAACUGUGCAUCAAAUCCCAUCAUUUACUCAUUUUGCAAUGAAAGUUUUAGUCGUGAAUUUCGACGACAGUUGGGAUGUAUUCUUCCAGGCAUAUCUCCUAAUACUAGCUUCGAGACUGGUAAGGUUUCAACUAUAAUGGCUCCAAUUGCGUCAUCACCGUCACCUGGCAACGGACAUGCAACUCCAUUGAGAACAAGUUUAACGAAACAUGAAAAUUCUGAUUCAGAACAAAACCGAGAGUGUGCGGCAACUUUAUUGUAA